UAUGACUGAAUAUGGUUGUACUUGCAAUCAAAUUAAAAAUUAAUAUUCAUGCAUGCUAAACAUAGAAUGUCAAUGGAAGUUCAAUAAUUGUGAAACAAAAAGUUGUACAUAAUUAUAUUAUCACUCUAAUUGUCGCUUAAAUUAGAAUUGCUAUUAUAAUUAUAUGAAUUAAAGUUGCGAAGAGUUAAUUGAUUGCAGUUUAUUAAAUGCUACAUCAGACAAUGAGUGUAGAGAAUAAUCAAUAUAUUGUGGACUCUAUAAUCCUACAUCAAAGCAAUGUUAUAAAUUAGAGUACAAGGAAUGUAAUUUAUAUACAACUUAGUCAGAAUGUAAAUAUUUUAAUGAAGGUUAAUAUUGUUUAUGGAUCAAUGAAUAGUGCUAAAACUUUGAUUGCACUUUAAUAAAAUCCCAAUAGAAAUGUCAUGGAUUUUUUGAAUCAUGUUAUUGGGAAAUUGAUAAUUAAAAAUGUAUUCAAACUAAAUGUGAUCAUAAAUCUAUUUCUGAAUGUUCUUUUAUUUUUUAAAGACAAAAGACUUAUAAUAUUUUAUAAGCCUGUCAAAUUGACUACUCAAAAGUUCCAGCUACUUGUAAGAAUGCUUCUAUAUCUGAAUUAUCACCUAUUGCAUGCACCUUAAAUUCAAAGUUCUUUGCAACAUGGAGUGACGAAAGUUUUGAUAGGGGAUUUUGCUAAUUAUGUAAUGAUGACUAAAUAGUUAAUAUCCUAGUCAUAGCCUUAUUAAUUAUUAUUAAAUGA